ACAUGAAAUGGGUCAACAAUCACAGGUUUCGUGUUCAAAUAAAGGGGCUUCGGCCAUGUGACCACUUCACGUUUCCUGCCCCCAAAACAAAAUUAUUUAAACCCUAAUUUCCAAGAAACUGCAAGAUCUACCAUUCACCAGUGACGUAGCCUCAACAAAGGUAACCGCUUUCCGGCUUAAACCUUUCAAUGCAUCAAGAUACCUGCUCAAAUUAGCCUCUAAAACCCAAAACUAAUCAAGAUUUUAACCCCACACCAAAGGAUCUGAAAUUUUGAAUUGGGUUUACCCAAAAAUUGGGUUUUGAUUGAGGGUUUUGGUUUGUGAGAUUUAUAUUGAGAAAUCUGAAUAGGGUUUGCUAAAAAAAUGAAUUUUUGCUUGAGGGGUUGUGGUUUAUGAGAUUAAUAUUGAGAAAUCUGAAUUGGGUGUUGUUGAUUGAAAGAUUUCUUGAAAGGGUUUUGAUCUGUGAAGGUUAUUUUUGGAGAAAGUUUAUGUAUUUGAGAUCCAUAUGGAAGAUUGACUCGAAUUUAGGCAAGUCAACCGGUUUGUGGUAUUAAAGUUUCUAUUUUUAGUGUUUGAUGCAUAUGGUUGUUGUCAUCGUUGAAAAAGAUUGUCUGGCGAACGUGUUCUUGUGGGUGCUCCGGCGGUUUUCUCUGCAUUGUGUUGAGCAAACAGCUAGAGAUAGAUGGGAUAAAAGUUAUUUCAAACUGCAGGGUGGGUAGAAAGAUUUUGUUCUAUUUCGGAGCGAAAUCGAAGUUGUUGUUUGGAUUUUGGUAUUUAGAUUAUUGUUCAAUAAUGGGUUCUUCCCAAGAUUCUUCGUUGUCUACGAAUGUGGCCGGGUUGGUUGAGGGUUCUGCGAUAGAUACGUUGCCGGUGUAUGUAAAGGAACUGAUUGCCGGCGGUGCUGCCGGAGCAUUUGCUAAAACUGCUGUUGCUCCACUGGAACGAAUUAAGAUUUUAUUGCAGACGCGAACACAAGGUUUUCAUUCACUUGGAGUCUAUCAAUCGCUCAAACGGCUACUAAAACACGAAGGGGUUCCUGGAUUUUACAAGGGAAAUGGUGCUAGUGUUCUUAGAAUUGUUCCAUAUGCAGCAUUGCAUUUCAUGACAUAUGAGCAAUACCGAUGUUGGAUAUUAGACAACUACUCUGUAUUUGGUACAGGGCCUGUUGUAGAUCUUCUAGCAGGUUCAGCAGCUGGAGGGACCGCUGUUUUGUGCACGUAUCCCCUGGAUUUGGCUCGCACCAAACUUGCGUAUCAGGUUGUCGAUACGAAAGCAAGUGUAGGGAAUGGUUAUAAAAGUAUUACCGCACCACCUCGUUACAGUGGCAUUAAGAAUGUGUUGGAGAGUGUUUACAGAGAGGGUGGGAUGCGUGGCUUGUACCGAGGUGUAGGUCCAACUCUUAUUGGCAUACUGCCAUAUGCUGGUUUGAAGUUUUACAUUUAUGAAGAACUAAAGAGCCGUGUAUCUGAGGAGAAUCAGAGAUCGAUCAUGAUGCGUCUUUCAUGUGGUGCUUUGGCUGGUUUAUUUGGUCAAACCUUUACAUACCCUUUAGAUGUUGUUAGAAGACAGAUGCAGGUUGAAAAUCUUCAAGCUGGUGGUGUGAGACAUGCGAGUACAUGGAAGGGGAUUACCACAAUUGUUUCUGAACAAGGUUGGAGGCAAUUGUUUGCUGGCCUCAGCAUUAAUUACAUCAAGAUUGUUCCUUCUGUUGCGAUCGGUUUCACCGCAUAUGACAUGAUGAAAUCAUGGCUUCGCAUACCUCCUCGACAGAAAACACAAUCAGUCUCUGCCGCUUAAGUUCUCAACAAGGAAAAAUAAAAGCAAGUGGAAUAUUCAAAUCUUUCGGUUUCAGUUGUCAUUAGAAGAUUCCAUUUGUUGAAUGUAAAAUUGUCAUCGAGGCGUUAAGGUUGCAGAUAGUCCUUAGCAUAUCUGUUAGGUGGUCUUGUAUAACAAUAUAAGCAGUGUCUAAGGUUACACAUUAUAAUAUGCACCAUCAGUUUUGAUGGAGACGUCAUAAAAAUGUUAUGAAAUACCUGUCGAAUUUGGUCGAAAAA